AUGACUGACCUGGAACAAACCCAACCUCAAACCCUUAGCUCGGAAUCGAAGACCUCUCCUAACAAGCCUAAGCGUGCGCCGCGCAAGCUAGGCAAAAAAGCUCCCACCAAGCAGGAAACGAAGCCGUCCACGUCCAAGCAAGACUCCGACUCGUAUCAAGAGCCAGAACAAGAACGAAAUAGACAAGAGGAACAGCAAGAAGAAAGGGCCGAGCCCGAGCCUGAACCCGAACUUGAACAGACACAUAGCCGCAGACGAGGAUCCCAUCCCGCUCGCUCAUACCGUCCGGAAUCCGAUGUCGAGUCAAUCCACCGCAGCGACAUAGAUGGCCAACCCCAGGCUCAGCCUCAGCAGCGCCAACGCACCCGGCGUCACCGCCAGCCACAGCAAGAACCGCAGAAGCGCAGUGGCAGCAACGCACUUUCGGGCCUGGGUGGUGUGGACCAAGCGGGCGAGUUGGUGCAAAACACGGCUGAUAAGGCCAUGAACGGCGUGACUGACAGCACAGGUAAGGCAGUCGGCGGAGCCUUGGGUGGUGGACAGAAGGAAGAACAAAAAGAGGAAAAAGAUGACGGCGGGCGUGACGAGCAGUUGCGUCUUCGUUUGGAUAUCAAUUUGGAUAUUGAGAUUCAACUAAAGGCGAAGAUUAAAGGUGAUUUGACUAUAGGUUUACUUAACUAG